CAUAACCACCUCCCUUACUCCUCAGCCCGGUUGUCCCCAGAUCCCCCUCUUGUCACCGAGGCGGCGAGCGGAGCGAAGCGCCGGUGGCCGGCGGCGCAGCGACCCGCGGAGGAGCGAGGCGGACGUGCGGCGGCGCAUCGAGAGGAGCAGGUGGCUGCGGAGGCGCGACCGGCAUAGGGAGCCCCGCUGGAGAGGGGUCAGCGGCGCGGGUGCGUGUCAUCCGUCGGCCGCGUCUCCAUCUCGGAUCGCCGGAGAGGGAGGAGGGGUGGGGGUGGUACAGGAGGAGAGAGACGGGCACCUAGGAGAAGCUUCACCGGUUUCUAUCAAGUAAGCUUGUUGUAUGAGUGAGGUUACAGAACACAAUGUCCAGCAAUAGCGGGGGUAGCGCGAAGGAGAAAGAUCCUGAAAAUGCUCCGGAGCUUGUGGCACUGCCGUUGGUCCGGACCCUGAGGCCUGUUCAUGCAGUGAUUGAUCCUGCCGCUGACCCGAGAUCAGCACAGCUGUCUUGGCCGGGCCAUGUAGUCCUCCUGCCUCCAUAUGCAACAUGGCCUCAUCAUGUGCCGACCCUGCCACCAGCGGUGAAUCCUGCAAAUCCACAACAAAACGUGGAUGUGGCGGCGGCUGAUGUUAGUCCUGACGUUGGUUGUUGUGAUGAGAAGAUGUUGCCAAAGGUAGAUAUGCUGUUUGAUGGCGAAAAAGAGGCAUACGAUUUCUACAAUGCGUAUGCAGAGAUGGUGGGCUUCUUUGUCCGGAGAUCAACACUCUGGACAACGUCAAAGAACAUAAUCACUAGGAGAACUUUUGUCUGCUCGAGAGAAGGUUUUCGGGAGAAGAAGAGGGGCACCAAAGAAGCAAAGUGCCCGCGGCCUGAAACAAGAAUUGGGUGCCCUGCGAGCAUGACCAUUAGACUUAAUACCAACGGCAAGUACCGUUUGACAGAGUUUGUACCAAACCAUAACCAUCAACUUGCAACAGCAUCUACAAUGCAUAUGCUGAAGGCUAAGAAAAUCAGGCUUAAAGCACGGGCUGCGAGAGAAAAUCUGGUUGAUGAUACUGUGAGGACGCCAGAAUUUGGGAGUGAAGAUGAGGCAUAUGAAUUUUACAGCAUGUAUGCUGGGAAAAUUGGUUUCAAUGUGAGAAGGGCAAGCAUGACUAUGAAUGCUGAAAAUGUCAUCACAAGAAGGAUGUUUGUUUGUUCAAAAGAAGGUUUCCGUGAGAAGAAAAGAGGGGCAAAAAGAGUAAAGAAGCCUCGCCCAGAGACCCGAACUGGUUGUCCAGCGUGUAUGGUCAUUAGACUUACAUCUAAUGGCAAAUAUCAUGUAACAGAAUUUGUUACCUUCCAUAAUCACCAGCUUGGUGCAACAGUACCUUCUGAUCUUGUGGCAACAUCACAAAGUACAGAAACUGGUCAAGAUGAUGGACUGGAUUUGGUUGAUGGUUCAGCUGAUGCUAAUAUCCACAGGCAAAAUCUUAUAAUUGGAAAUAUCAUGGCAACAUCUCUAGAAGGUAGAAGUAACAAAAGAUUCAAGUGUACAAAGGUUCCUCACUAUGGUGAUGUAGGUGCUACUCUAGAGUACCUGCAAAAGAUGCAACAUGAUAACCCUUCAUUCUUCUUUGCAGUAAAAUCUGAUGAUGAUGGGAACUUGACAAACUUUCUAUGGUCAGAUUCAAAGUCUAUCAUGGAUUUUGUCCACUUUGGUGAUGUGGUAUGUCUUGAUUCAACGUAUGCAUUGCAGGGCUAUGGUAGGCCACUUGCUUUAUUUACGGGUGUGAAUCAUCACAAGCAAACUGUUAUCUUUGCUGCUGCAUUGCUUUAUGACGAAAGUGUGGAGGCUUUCAGAUGGUUGUUUGAUACUUUUAAGAUGGCAAUGAAUGGAACUCAGCCCAAAACAUUGUUAACUGAUAGAUCUGAUGCAAUAAGUGAAGGUGUUGCAGCAAGUUGGCCUGCGACAGCCCAUCGUUAUUGUGUCUGGCAAAUUUACCAAAACGCUCUUCAGCAGUUGAGUCAAGCAUUUCAUGGGUCAAAAACCUUAGAUUACUGCUUCCAGAAAUGCCUAUUUGACUCUGAAGAUGAGCCUGAGUUUUUGACAGCAUGGAGAGAAAUGUUGGAAAAGUAUGACCUAGAAGAUAAUCAAUGGCUAGCAGAUUUGUUCUCUCUUAAGGAGAAAUGGGCACUACCAUAUGGCCGCGAGGCAUUUUGUGCUGAUAUGAAAAGUGUCCAGCAGAAGGAGAGCUUGGGCACUGAGCUUAAGAAACACUUAUCCCUAGAAUUUGACCUUUUGAGUUUCUUCAAGCAGUUUGAAAGAGUAUUGUGUGACCGCCGAUCAACAGAAUUGCAGGCUGAUGUGGAUGCUAGUCAGAGUACAAAGAAGCCACCACCUAUGCGAGUGUUAAGGCAAGCUUCCAAUAUAUAUACACCUGCUGCCUUUAAAAUGUUCGAGAGGGAGUUUGAGUUAUACAUGGAUUGCAUGUUAUACAACUGUGGUGAGAUGGGCACAAUUUCUGAGUAUAGGGUAGUCAUUGAGGACAAUCCAAAAGAUCAUUUUGUUAAAUUUGAUUCGCUUAAUUCCAUGGUAAACUGUAGCUGUAAAGGGUUUGAAUUCGUAGGCAUUCCAUGCCGCCAUAUGCUAAAGGUACUUGACACCAGGAAUAUCAAGGACCUUCCUCCUCAAUACUUCUUGAAAAGGUGGAGAAAGGAUGCUAAAUCAGGAUCUCCAAACUGUAGUUAUUCAUUCCCACUUGAUGGUGAUCCUCAGUUGGUUCAAACAAAACGUUAUAACUUGCUGUGUCGGAUGUUCAGCAUAGCAGCAGCUAGGGCUGCAACCUCUAUAGAAACUUUUGCAUAUAUGGAAAACCAAUCAAGCAUAUUUAUGGACCAAGUAGAACAAGCUCUUCAAACAAGGCCCCCAGACAUCGCUGCCAUGAUUGGGGCUCAUUGUGAUCAAACACAAAAUCCAAUUGACAAUAUCGUCGCAGGAGGUCUACACAGCCAUACUAAUUUCAUCAAUGGCCCUGCUGAUGGUUCCCUAACCUUUCCAUUUACAUUGGGUGCUGGUGUGUUGGAUUACCGCUAGAUAGUGACUAAUUUCUUACAAGUACUAGCCACAAGGAGCUGCGAAUUCUGUACAGUGAUCUUUUCGUGGAAAUGCAUUUUAUAUAUCACCAGAAAAUUCCAGGUUAUGUCCCUCUGCUGACCCACUUCCUCAUCCAGGUGAUUACAUGGUAAUAUUGUGCAUCUUGCUGGCUGGCAAUUUGACAAUGCUUACACAUUAUACCGUAGAGCUGAGAAUAGUGAUGGCUAGCCCAUCCAUUGUACAUGUAAUUUUCAGAUAAAGUUUAGAGAAUGAUGAAAAGUUUCCAUCGGUGUAUUUACUGAAACAAUAUUAGAAAAUCCAUUUGGUCACUUAUUAGUUGUUAUUACUAACUAAUAGUCAUUUCAACUCAACAACAAAAGUCUGUAGCCUUUAAGUUGUCUCCUGCAGUCAUUCCUGUUUAGAGGAAGUUGGCAAUCUAUCUUCUGUCAGUGUGGUGGAAUGUCGAGUGAUGAAUUUGGGGUUCCUCAAGUGAGAAGAAUUGCUUUGGUGACUGAUGGGCUCCUUACUAGUGAUACGUAUGGUGCAGCGAAGCCGGAUAGGAUGUAACAGUUUCAAUUUUGAUGUACAUAUGAUGUCGAACCAGUAUUUUGAUCACCUAGAGUAAACUGUUUGAUUAUGCUUA